UGCAACAGGCACCUGCAUACUUGAUAAGCUUCUUUUUAUCAAUUGUCCAUUGUUCAUGAAUACAAUAGGUGCUUAAAAUAGAUUCACCUCUGAAUUAUCACUUGCAGGAAUAUUCGCACUUCACUUGAGAUCAUCGAUACAUCUAAUGACCAACCGUUGUUUCAACCGAACUCAUGAAGUAGGGAGUGAUCGAAUUUUAUAUAAGACCGAUGUCAAUUCGGUUUAAGUGCUUAUUUUGGUUGUAGACAUCGAAGUAGCAAGGCAAUAAAUAAAUUAUACCCGAGAGCUGAAAACGUCUUCUAUUAAUAAACUAUCUUGACGAAGUAGAAAACACUUUUAUUUAUUCAGUAACGUUUAUAGUGUGAACGAAACCAAAUCGAUAUAUUGUUUGAGACUACUAAUAAGAGGGUUUUGCAAUAGAAAAAAGAACUAUAUAGCAUGGAUAGUGACGAGAUUAUUGAUUUUAAAGGUGAAACUUUUAUGGAGAUUCUGUUGGUUGACUAUCGAUGGAUACUUGUGUGCUUCCUCCUGUUGCCCAUGUCAUUUUGUUAUGACUUGUGGUAUUAUACACGUAACAAAAUCAUUUUUUAUUUGAACAGCGCACCACGUACCCAUGAUGAUAAAGUUCGCAAAGUCCAGAAACAGGUACAAGCUUGGAAUAAAACGGACAAAUCGAAGAAAAUGUGCACAGCACGACCUGGUUAUCAAACCAUGUCAUUUAGAAAGCCUUUAUACAAAUUGAGUAUGUGCCAAAUCGACUGUAAUUUGUUUGACAUCUUGGAAAUCAAUCGAGAAAAGCGUUCCGUUCGAGUUGAACCCAUGGUAUCGAUGGGUCAACUUUCGGCUACAUUGGCGAAACUUAGCUGGACAAUUGCUAUUGUGCCGGAACUGGAAGACUUAACAGUAGGCGGUAUGGUUAAUGGUGUUGGCGUGGAAUCCAGUUCACAUAUUUAUGGACUAUUGACUCAUACUUGCCUGUCAUUUGAAGUCGUUUUGGCCGACGGAAGUGUUGUUAAUUGCUCGCGUGAAGAAAAUUCCGAUCUAUUUCAUGCCAUUCCCUGGAGUAUGGGCACUUUGGGCUUUUUAACUGCUGUUGAACUUGAAAUUAUACCGGCCACAAAAUACAUACGCAUCGAAUAUGAACCAAUGUUCGGAAUAGAUGACAUUGCCAAACGCUUUAACGAAGCUAGCUGCGAUUCAAACAAUCAUUUUGUCGAAGCUAUUCAAUACUCAUUGGAUGAAGCGGUUAUGAUAACAGCUGUCAUGGUGGCCGACCAUGAAGUCGAUCAUAGGAAGAUUAACGAAAUCGGCAAAUGGUAUAAGCCAUGGUUCUUCAAAUAUGCAGAAAAUAUUCUUCGAACUGUACCAAAAGGUCAAACAGUAUUUGAAUACAUGCCACUGAGAGACUAUUACCAUCGCCAUUCACGUGCUUUAUUCUGGGAACUUCAGGACAUUGUUCCAUUUGGAAAUCACCCGGUUUUCCGAUACUUAUUCGGUUGGUUGAUGCCGGUGAAAGUAUCAUUUUUGAAACUAACGCAAACUGAAGCGGUGAAAAAAAUGUAUGAACAAACACAAGUGCUGCAAGAUAUAUUGGUGCCAACAUCCAAAAUGGCCGAUACUCUCCGUAAAUUCGAUAGAUUGAUCAAAGUAUAUCCGCUGUGGUUGUGUCCAUUCCAUUUAUGGAAUGAAGGUGGUUUAGUUCAUCCAGCUCCUGGCUUAGACGAUGACAUGUAUGUGGACAUCGGCAUUUAUGGUACGGCCAAGGUUAAACGUUGCCAAUUCCAUGCUGAGCUUACAACCCGUCAACUCGAGGAUAUUGCUCGGAAAGCGAAUGGAUUCCAAAUGUUACACGCCGAUUGCUAUCAAACCAAAGACGAAUUCCGUCAAAUGUUCGAUCAUCGUCUAUACGAUCGCAUGCGAAAAGAAUUGAAUUGCGAACAAGCAUUUCCCGAAAUUUGGGACAAAAUUAAUAAGAAUGUGCGCGAUUAAAUUGGCUAUUUUUAAUGUUCAA